AGGGGGCGGAGCGGGGACGCGCGCGCGACGCCGGCAGCCCGGCUGGGCCCUGACGCCGCUCGCGCCCCCGGCGAGGCUGCGGCUCCCGCGAGCGUCGAGGGCGUGGCGGCGAGGCUGCGGGCGGCCGGAGCCGCGCGGACUGUGUCCCGGCUGCCGCCCGCCGCUGUCUCCCUGGUCCCCGCUCCUCGCGGCGGCCCGGCUCCCGCGUAGCCCGUCGGGCCGCCCGGGCCUCGCCCCUGCCCGCCUUCCCUCCUUCCUGCAGCGUCGGAGCGCGCAGAUUUUUAUUUAUUUAUUUGACCCAGAGUGACAGCCAGAGAGGGAACACAAGCAGGGGGAGUGGGAGCGGGAGAAGCAGGCUUCCCACUGAGCAAGGAGCCUGAUGCGGAGCUUGAUCCCAGGACCCUGGGAACAUGACCUGAGCCGAAGGCUGAUGCUUAGCCGACUGAGCCCCCCUCAUUUUAAUAAAUGAAUGCCUUAUAGACACCUUAGGACUUUAAAAACGAAGACCUGCUGUUAGGGGAUAAUGCUGGGGGACACUAUGAAAUCUUGGAAUGAUAGCCAGUCAGAUCUCUGUAGCAGUGACCAAGAAGAGGAAGAAGAGAUGGUUUUUGGUGAAAAUGAAGAUGAUUUGGAAGAGAUGAUGGAUUUCAGUGAUCUGCCUACCUCACUUUUUGCUUGCAGCGUCCACGAAGCAGUGUUUGAGGUGCAACAGCAGAAGGAGAGAUUUGAAGCACUUUUCACUAUCUAUGACGACCAGGUGACAUUUCAGUUGUUUAAGAGCUUUCGGAGAGUCAGAAUAAAUUUCAGCAAACCGGAAGCAGCAGCAAGAGCGCGAAUAGAACUCAACGAAACAGACUUCAACGGGAAGAAGCUGAAGCUGUAUUUUGCACAGGUCCAGAUGUCCGGCGAAACUCGGCACAAGUCCUAUUUACUGCCGCCGCAGCCCAUCAAACAGUUCCUCAUCUCCCCGCCCGCCUCCCCGCCUGUGGGGUGGAAGCAGGGGGAGGACGCCACGCCUGUUAUAAACUAUGACUUACUCUGUGCAGUUUCCAAACUGGGACCAGGAGAGAAAUACGAGCUCCACGCAGGAACGGAGUCCACGCCAAGCGUGGUGGUUCACGUCUGCGAAAGUGAAACUGAAGAGGAAGAAGAAACAAAAAACCCCAAACAGAAAAUUACCCAGACGAGGCGCCCCGAACCUCCAGCCGCAGCACUGAGUGAGCCCCAGACCUUCGAUGGGGCGCUGUGAGGGGUCUGGCUGGGGUGCACACCGCUGCCCCCCGGGGCCCGCCCUGGAGGUCCGUGUCCUCCCUGGCACAGCGCUGCUCAGCCUGUGUGGAGGGGAGGCUGGGUGUCGCCACUGUCCCCUGCCGGCUGCAGACACGGCCUAGAGAGUAGCAGAUGACUUUACCUGUCACACCUUUUCACAGAGAUUCUGAACAGCACUUUAAAGGAAAGGAUUAGCCCUCAACAUGUUGCAACUUUGACCAUUUUUUAAGCAGUAGGAAGUGUGUCUAAUUCCUGGCUUUCUCCAGCAAUGUUCAUUUCCCUGAUUCCAUAUACCACGGGGUCCCCAAAAACUAAAGCUGUAGUCUCCGAGUGCCAUUUUCAUGACCUCAAAAAACAAUCUCACAACCUUCAAAAUCUAAUAUGGGCAUUCAGUAAUGGUAUGAUAGCUCCCAGCGACUCUAUCUGUUGAUCAAAUGUGGUUAUUCAACAUACAUGAAAUUUUUGAUGCACGAGAAGAGAUCUGAAAUCUAGACUAAUUCAUAGGGAGUCGUUUUUCUCGCGUUGUUUUUUUCUUUAGCUUUGGGGAGAAAAUGCCAAAUUCUCUUUGACCGUUGGACCCAAGUGGCACAAAUCUGUGUGCAGGUGACUCUCUUCCCUGUUACUCUUGCUUGAAAGAGGAAAGUGCUGUACAGACCACUGUCCCUGAUGUGUCGUCCCUCCCAGAGAACUGCCACUUUGGAAGCUGGACAGGCCACCCGUAAGUCUGACUGAUGAUAACCCCUGGGGCCACCACGAUCUGCCGUCUGUGACCGUGUGCUAGCCCAUGGCAUCCCAACUGUCCUCAGCCACCAGUUGAGUUUUUUAAUGUUAUACAUUUUGUGUGUGUCAUUCAGAGAUGGUAAAUUGGAAAAUGUAAUAAAUAAGAUUCUCUGAAGACCAUUUUUUAAUUGUCGAUUGAAACAUUUUCCAGUUUGCUCUGAAAAAGAAAGGCACACAUACUCUUUUUCUAUGAAUCCGGGAAAGAUGUGGGAAAUCGAGAUCAUUCCAUUCAUCAGACCUUGUUUUUGGUGCAAUACUUUACCCUGGCUGACAGUUGGCCUUUUCCCUAAAACAGAACUGUUCCUCACUUGUGUUUUAGGAGUGGAUGGUUGAGGCUCCUGAAGCAGAAACAAGCAUCUUUUCCUUUCUGUGGUCUGUUCAGACUUGGCAGUCCCUUUGUAGAAAAGUCUCAUAGUGAAGAAAACUUGGUUUUGGUCGGAGGGCUCUGCUGAUCUGUGAUUGCUGUGCUGUCUUCUCUGUAUGUCACAUGUCUGGAGCUCCCCAAGAUGUGUGUGGAGGGGCUGUACAUAGGAGUUUGGACUCAUAAAGCAAACUACCCAGAAGGAAAAAUGCAGAAAUUCAAUUCACGCCAUGGUGUCCGUCCCAUUUUUGGUAGCAUGUUUCGUGGUUUUCAGGUUCUUAUUAUGGUAGAAUGUAUUUCUGAGGACUUAAACCAUAUUGCCCAAAAAAACUUUUCUAUUUUUCCUUGCCCUCAAAUAAUCUGAGAUGAUAAGCUCUCCUAUUUAUAUGUGUCUACCCCCACUCAGCCUCUGAGUGGGGGUAUAAAUCAACUGUAUAAAUACAGUUGAAAUAUGAUUCCAUAAGCAGUGUAUUAAAUUCAGAUCAUCAUUUGGCAGCUUAACUGACAGCCACUUAAUAAAUUUACUUUGCACUCUAAAUUCACCCCUUUGCUAGUGUUUGAUCUUAUCUGGUUGCACUAACUAGAUAAGAAAAUAUAUAUCAUUUGAUACUAUAUUUGAUAUCAUUUGAUAUAUAUCAAAAUGUAUAUCAUUUGCAGAAUGGACCCUGUAAAUCAGGAAAUGUAUGUAUUUUCAACAGUUGAGGAUUUAAAAUUUUCCUUUUAGGUACUAUUUAUUAACUAUAAUUUUCUAAGUGAUCAAAAUCCAUGAUGUCUUAUUAUUAGAUUGGCGUUCAUGGUCUUCCUUCCAAUUAAAGAAUAGUUUGUCCCGACCUUACAUAACCUGUUUUUAAAGUCAAGCAGUGCAGAUUACCUGGAUUUUUCUUUUUCUCUGUAUUUUUUUAAAGAUUUUAUUUAUUUAUUUGACAGAGAUCACAAGUAGGCAGAGAGGCAGGCAGUGAGAGAGGGGGAAGCAGGCUCCCCGCUGAGCAGAGAGCCAGACACAGGGCUCAAUCCCAGGACCCUGGCUGGGAUCAUGACCUGAACUGAAGGCAGAGCCUUAACCCACUGAGCCACACAGGUGCCUCUCUCUGUAUUUUUUUUUUUUUACAGUAUUAAAUAAGUUGAAGAAAAACUUAAACCAAAAUAAAUAUAUAUUAAAUACAAAAUCUAUAUUAUUUAAUAUAUACAUAUAUUAAACUUUACUGAGUGGAGAACAUUAAUAUUUUCAUUCUUUCUAGUAUACUAUUUCCGUAAGGUGAACUCAAAUAAAAGGAAAAGUACUAAAUGCCCAUUAACUUUUUAAUAUGGUGAAAUCAACCAGGAUCUCAGCAAGUAUUACAUAGGGACUCUGUCCUUUCUUAGCUACUUUCUAUCCAGCUCAUGUAACCAUCUUAUAAGAGGUGAGUCUUGUGUGCUUUUUUAAAGUUCCUUAAAUAAGUUUAGCUAUGUUUUUCUUUUUGGAAAUUGAGUUAUUACUCAGACUUAACCCUGAUAGUAUAGUAGCCGUGUUCUCCUCAGAAAUCAUAACUUCAUCUUGGGAAUCAAAUUCCUUAGAGCAGUGUGAGGAAAGAAGAUGAUGUUUUGUGUUAGGGAAAAAGCAUACAUGAAGAGUAAGAAAAUCCUAGCACUUAAAAUAGGCCCAUUUAUAAAGUGUGCUUGUGUGAGCAUCAACUAGUUGAAGAUACUAAGAAUCACUAAAAACAGUUCCCUUGAAGCCUUGGGGAGCUGAAUGUCAGGAGGAAAGCAAACUCAUCUUCCUACAUUUUGCUUCUACACACUUAUACACUCAACCUAGCCACAGAAUUGAGAGCCCAGAAGUUUUACGUUCCCCAUAAAGGUUUAAACAGAGCAUGGUGUGUUUGAAUCAGAGCUGCCAGGAGGCAGGGCAGGAGCAGCACCGUCCUUCUAGAAAACAGCCCUUUUGUUUCCCACUCACAGCAACUCCAUCUCUUCAAAAUAUUGUGAUAGAUCCCUGGGUCCCAGGAUCAAGUCCCGUGUCAGGCUCCCUGCUCAGCGGGGGGUUCUGCUGCUCACUCCACCUGCCACUCCCCCACUUGUGCUAGCUCUCUCUGUCAAGUAAAUAAAUAAAUCUUAAAAAAAUGUUUAAAAAAUCUUUUAAAAUCUUUAAAAAAAAAAAAGUGAAGAGUUUAGAUUUCCUCAGAAUCUCAGUCAUGGUGCUGAAGGUGAUGUAGUCUACUCCUUCUACAUCCAUCUACACAGAUGACAAAAUGAAGAUGAGGCGUCUUACUUCGAAGGCCACGGGGACUGGGUUGGCAUUCCAGCUCCUGCGCUAGGCUUUUUUUCUCCUUUCUUUUUGCACCGGCCUCUCAGAAGCUAUGAAUCUCUGUCAUAAGAAAAUAGACAAGACAAGCCCCUGGGUGGCUCAGUGGAUUGAGCCUCUGCCUUCGGCUCAGGUCAUGGUCUCAGGGUCCUGGGAUUGAGAUCCGCAUCGGGCUCUCUGCUCAGCAGGGAGCCUGCUUCCUCCUCUCUCUCUGCCUGCCUCUCUGCCUACUUGUGAUCUCUGUCUGUCAAAUAAGUUAAAAAAAAAUUAAAAAGAAAAUAGACAAAUAAAUAAGAAGAAGAAGAAAAGAAAAUAGACGAAAAAGGGGGAAAGAAUUCUAUUUCCCCUGGAGGGAUACAGUGAAGAAGAGAAAGCUGAUGACUGCAGUGACUUAGCAGUCUCUUGAAUGAAAUUAAUGUUCCAUGUUCUGUGUUUUUGUUAUCAUUGUACUGUUGGGAUUGGAAUCUACUUAAAUAAUGUUAUUUUGGUAGCCAGCAAUCGUGUUUAUGGGGCUUUCCUAGAGUUUAGUAGUAGUGAGAUUAAAUUACAAGUAGUCAGACCCGAGAUGUGAGUCUAAUAGAGCAAGGAGCCUGAGAUUGGGGCUCCUGGGUGGCUCAGUGGGUUAAAGCCUCUGCCUUCGGCUCAGGUCAUGAUCCCGGGGUCAUGGGAUCGAGCCCCGCAUCGGGCUCUCUGCUCGGCAGGAAGCCUCCUUCCCUUCCUCUCUCUUUGCCUGCCUCUCUGCCUACUUGUGAUCUCUGUCUGGCAAAUAAAUAAAUAAAAUCUUUUUUAAAAAAUUAAAAAAAAAAAAAAAAAGGAGCCUGAGAUCCCCUAGGAUUUGGAAAUCGUUUGCAGUGGAAUGACCCCGGCACUCCGCUUGUAAAACAGAGCUCUGGGAAAGAUUGAAGAUGGACCUGUGCUUCGUGUUUCUAUAUAGACUCUUAUCCAGACCAUAGCUUUAUUCUAAAGAGGGAGAUCUCAGACAUAAUUAAGCAGUGGAAAAUUUUUGAAAUUCUUUGGUGCAUCAAAGUUCCCCGUGUGCUGGUGUCUCUCUUUUCUCUGGAGUCAUAGACUUUCACACCUAUCGCGUGGGUGAACUUGGUCAGCCUUCCUUUGCCCACUCACUGUGCUCCUUGUCCACACACUGGCCUUUAUGUCCUCCUGCACAAAAGCCAACAAAUUACUUACAAAUGUGACAAUAUAAAGGAACAACAGAUGAGAGAAUUAGUUGCCUCCUCGUUGAGGAGGGAACUCACUUUUUAAAACGUUAAAUAAACUUAGAGAAUACGUUUAUGAGUUUAUGAACCUUGUUCAACAGUUUAAUAAAUACCCAUUUGUUUUAUAACCUCCCCUCGGGGUGGGUUCACGGGAAUAUCUUCCCUGGAAUGCCGUUGUUGUCCCUCCCCCAGGAGUCAGGGGAAAUGUUAAUAACUUGAAGAGUGUUGUUAUUAAUACCGAACACACAAGCGGCAAAGCAACAGAAGGUGACAACUACUAGGUUUUACUGACCAAAAAGAUGAUAAACAUGGUCCUGUUCCAAAUAGAAGUUUCCAGCCAAGGUUAAGAAGAACUAACCUUGGGGCGAAUCAAAGUGUCUCCAUCCAUUGAAACAAAAGCACAAGGAACUUUUACUAAAUUAGGCGUGUGUGAUCUAUCUUGUGACCUGUGUUUUCCUUUCGAAGCAAAACAGUGUCCUGCAGGCAUCCCUGCGUAGCUUUGACUGAAUGUUCGUUCUUGUUAUCCGGAAGAUCUCGAUCUAUGCAGAGAAAUUGUGUUUUUCCAUAUCGUUUCCCAUGCAGUCCCCAGUCUUCCUAACUCCGACUGGGGACUGAGGAGAGAGACCGAGGCAGCUAAUUCUGUUGCUGCCAUCCUCUGCCUGCUGCUUCUCCCCUGAGGUGGGGACCCCAGAGAGAAGCCGUCUCCAUUUCUGCUGUAUCGUGCAUGUCCUCCAACUUGAAGGAAAGUUUUUCACUCGUUCCCCUUCUCUCUUCAUUGAAGCCAGGAGGUGAAUUUAUUAUUUUAUCUGAACAUGUUUGUGAUCUUGUGUUAUAUUCUGGGGGAACAUUGCUUUUCUGGUACUAUAAAUUGUAGUGAAUAUUCACUGUACUUCAAAAACCUGGAUAGUAAUUUAUAUAUAUAUAUAUAUAUAUAUAUAUAUAUAUAUGUAUUCCGUGUUUUAGUGUGCCUGAUGUAACAAUCCAUAGUUUGUAGUAGGUCGUUAUUUGUCGACUUUGGCUCUCCUGUAUUUUUAGGACAUUUAAAUGUUCCUCGUCCUUGCAAAGCAAUGAAAGCAGAAUGUAAUUUUUUUUUUUUUUUUUUUUGGAAUCCUUGUGAUUACUUGUAACAAGUUUUGUUUUUAAAGCUAAUAAAAAUAAAAUUAGGGUUUUUUUUUUUUUAAAA